GAUUGACUCAAUCCACCAGCCAUCAUGAUCAAUCCGACGGUUCGUACGAAGGGAUCGUGUGUGCACGUGGCCCUUCCGAUCAAAUGACUCAACCCUUCACCAGUUGUUGGUAAACCAAGCUGAUCCAACUCAUGCACAGAGAGAGAGAGAGAGCCGACACAGCCGGGCGAUAAAAGGACGAUCUGUGUCUAUCGUAUGUCCGGCCAAUCAUCCCACAUACGAGGAUCAAUCACAGUGAAUAAAGUAUCGUACAUCAUACAGACAGACAGACGGAUAUGUCUGGCGUCCGUGAUUGCAGAAGCUGAUGACAACGAUAAAACACCACACACAUAAAGUGCUCACGGAAGAUACACAUCGAGCAGGCCACACACGGACGGAAAAUCAAUUUCUCUUCAAACGGCUGAAGACGUCUUGAAGAAAGCGGCGAAACAAUCCCUUUGCACCACGCUGCGGGGUACCAGUCUACAUAACAUGAAGCAACCAUCGUUUCCUCCGCCUUCCCCGCCUUCACAUGACUGACUGCCCCUACUUACCGGAUCAGCGCUGAUCUCCUCCAGCGCUCGCCCAGGAGGAAGCUCAAAGACGUAUUCCUGGAACAGCAGCCGGUCCUUGAUGUCCUCGCGUGUGGUCGGGUCCUUGGACCAGAGCGGCUUGAUCGAGCCGCCUUGUGGGAUGGCCCACACGAUGCGCCAGGUCUUCUUGCCAUCCCCGAUCGCUGGGCUUGUCCUCAAGUUUGUGAUCAAUGAUUGGUCAAAUCCACUGGCUGAGUGCUCGCUGUUGGCGGUGACUUGGAUGAGGUAGACGACGUCCUCAGCGCUGUCGAUGUACAGCGAGUCGAUGACCGCCCAGUUCUUGGCCGCGGGCACCCAGAAGCCAGGCUCGCGCACGUUGGCAAAGGGUCUUGUCUUGAUUCUGCUCCGAAUAAACACACGGGGCUUGUUGUCCUGCUGCGUGGUGUCCAGCGAAACCCGGAUCACACCAUUCAGCUUGUCCUGCUGCGUCUGCAUCCUUGAUGCUUGAGAGGUCUUGUUCACACGUUCCAUAUGGUGGUUGAGCGGCUCCAGACUUAUCGGGCGCUUGGUCACUCUCAGAAACUCGUUGACAAGGCCCUCAAGCAGCGCCCCUUGCUGGCCGGCGAUCUUUCUGGGGUCCAUGAUGAUAUCGAGCUCAUUACUCAACUGCUGCUGGGUCAGAUUUCGGAUGAACGUGCCGAGGAUGUAAGGCGAGCGCCAGACGACCUUCCCAAAGGUGUAGGUGCCGUUGGUCGUGGGAUCGAGCGACAUGAGAAGGCUCUGAGGGACAUUGUCAGCUGGGACACCCCUUGGAACUUCUCCGCCCCAUCGUCGAAUAUCGUCAUACUUGACGGACUCAAUGACACUGUCCACAUCGGCCUUGAGCUGAGACAGAGGCGUCAGGUAAUCGCGGAUGAUGCCACCCGCAUAGAGGCGCUUGUCAUCCAUCUGGUCGAACCACUCGGUUCCCUCAAGGGCUGCAGCAACCUCAUCCUCAGUCCAGGUGGGCAUGAGCAGAUUGAGUGUGAGCUCUUUCUUGAAAUCGUUGUAGUUAUCCUUCCUCGACGACGCAGCCAGCAAGACGCUGCCCCGCCAAAUACCAAAAAGGGCACCUUCCAAGCCUGCACCACACACACACACACACACACAAAGAGAGAGAGAGAGUGUGUCACUCUCACACAGGCAGGCGUGCAGCCCCUCUCCCUUCCGCCCUGAACUAACCGUCGAUCAGCAGCCAGUCGCGUUGUGAUGAGUCCAGCGGCUGCGUCUUUUGUAACUGGAACAACGUCUCUAGCGGGUCGCGGAGUCUGACAAAGCCGUCCUUCGACAGCUCAUACACCUGCUGGUCGACACUCGAUGACCUGAAUGAAAACCAGAAGGAGCGGGCAGGUCACAUCACGUCUGGCCGCCAGCAAAUCUGUGCUCACUGACCUCUUGGAGUUGUCCACGAACCAGAUCUUGAAGUUCUUGCCUCGGUGCAUCUCGCCUUUCAGCACGGCCAAGAAAAAGAGAAGAAACCAAGACUUGCCGACGCCCGGUGAGCCACGCAGCAGAACGUUGAAGUAAUUCGGAUAUGAAGGCGUCUUCCUGUUCAAGUUCUUCUGCCUGUCCAUAAUGAUCUUGGCGAUGUCAACAUAGGCCUUGCGGACCAACAACUUCUGACCCCCCGUGAGUGGCAGCGUGAUUGGUGCUGCCUCGAGGUUGAUGGGAUCCACUGACUCCCAGUAUGGUUCAAGUUCGAGUCCGACCCUGAAAAUCGGCGGCAUGGCUUCGGCGAAGGCCUGCAAGUCAGACAGACAGACAGACAAGACGAAUGAAUCCACGAAAUGCACUCACUCAUCAUGCCCAGCUGUGUCGGUCACUUGUGCACCUUCUCAUCUGGCUCCUCUGCGUGAAGGGCAGUCGCCCUCUGCACGGGGCGAUGCGUCGGGCGCUCCAGGCGAGUCGGCAAGGGAGCAAGAAAGGUGAGACGAGCGGAUUGGCGCACGCCAGCCACCGUAUGAGCGGAGGCAAGGGACGCAGUCAGGAAAAGGGAAAGCGCAGAUGCCAUAGCGGUGACCUGUGAAUGAAUGCAGAGAAAGCGCACAACACGACAUCUGGCAUGAGAUGUCAUUCAUCAACGUCGUAGAUCUCCU